AUGGUGGUCCCAAUGGCGACAGAGGCGGAGUUGCGGCGGUCCGAGAUGAUUUCGAUCGUACAAACCCAGGAGGUGGCAGAGCCAAUCCUGUCGAAAAUAACCAUGGCCGAGGUUGUGUUGGUGAAUAUGGGUCCUAAGACUGAUGGGCUUCAGCUUCCUAAAGCCCAGGAAGGUUUACCAUUGGGCCUCAAUAUCAGAUUGGAUGCCCAAGAAGUGAUUUCCCCUUCUAAAGAGAUUAUGUGGAGGCCCAAAAAAGAAAACAUAGUGGACCACGUGGUGGACCCAGAAAAUCUGCCAAAAGUGCCACGAACAAUUGAACAAAGAAUUAGCUAG